UCAACAAACCUGUGCAAGGCAAAGCGAGCGCGCGGUCAAUAAUGGACUCAGCCAAGCGGGAUGAACACAUGAGCGAACACGCCGCCAACCUACUGGGCACAGGACAGCGGUACACACGGACACACAACACUGCAAAAGUCCAGUCAAGAUACUUGAAAAUCCUCUGUGCGGUGCUUCUUCUUGGCUUGCUGGCUUUAAUACUCACAAUCAUAUUUUUACUGAAACUCCGCUGCAGUGAUAAAGUCAUUGACAGCUGUAAAAAUAGAUGCAUAUCCAAAAGUCAUGAUGGUAAUGCAGGGUGUCGCUGCGAUGCUGCUUGCGUAAAUGAAGGCACCUGCUGUCUGGACUAUGAGGAAGUGUGUUUGCAACCAACUCAGCUCUGGACGUGCUCGAAAUUCCGCUGCGGUGAGGACCGUUUGCCCAGCAGCCUCUGCUCCUGCUCUGCAGACUGUGUGAAAGUGGGAGACUGCUGUGCAAACUAUAAGAGGACAUGUGAAGGUGAAAAGAGUUGGCUUCAAGAGGACUGUGAGGACAUCAGGACUCCUCAGUGUCCCGCUGGGUUUUCUAAAUCGCCGCUGCUGUUGGUAUCUCUGGAUGGAUUCAGGGCAGGAUACAUGAAUGCAUACAGCGCUCUGCUUCCAGCCAUCAGGAAACUCAGAGAAUGUGGUACCUCCACCCCAUAUAUGCGACCUGCUUAUCCCACUAAGACCUUCCCGAAUCAUUACACCAUAGUGACAGGUCUCUAUCCAGAAACACAUGGAAUUGUGGACAAUAAGAUGUAUGAUGUCAAUCGCAAUGCUUCAUUCAGUUUAAAGGUUGAUGAGAAAUUCAAUCCUUUGUGGUACCAAGGUGAACCAGUUUGGAUCACAGCCAUGAAAAACCAUCUUAAAACAGCUACUUUCUUCUGGCCAGGAUCCGAUGUUAAAGUGCAUGGACGAUACCCAGAUUACUGGAUAAAGUAUAACAGGAACAUUCUUUUCGAAAAGAGGAUAGCACAGAUCUUUCAAUGGUUGCAUUUGCCUGAAGGAGAAAGGCCAGACUUUUACACCUUGUACUUCGAAGAGCCAGAUGCAUCAGGACACAAAUAUGGACCAAUGAGUACCCAGGUUAUUGAGGCAUUAAUUAAUGUUGACAGGCUGAUUGGGAUGUUGAUGGAUGGUCUGAAGGAAAGAAAUCUGCACAAAUGUGUCAACGUGGUUCUUGUAUCAGACCACGGAAUGGAAGAAGCGUCAUGUAAGAAAGCUGCUUACGUCUCCAACUAUCUGGACAACAUCAAUGACAUCACUGUGAUCCAGGGUCCUGCCGCGAGAGUCCGACCGCGACACGUGCCUGAGGAGUUCUUCUCCUUUGAUUAUGAAGGCCUGGUGAAGAAUCUUUCGUGCAGAGAACCGAAUCAGCCGAUGAAACCGUAUCUGAAGGAGCAUCUGCCCAAACGGCUUCAUUUUGCGAAGAACAUCCGCAUUGAGAGAGCACAUCUGUACAUGCAGCCGCAGUGGCAAGCAGCACUCAAACCAAGUGAAAUUAAAUACUGCCGCGGGGGCUUCCAUGGUUCAGAUAAUGUUUUCAAGAACAUGCAGGCCAUUUUCAUUGGAUAUGGACCAGGAAUCCAUUAUAAUACAACUGUGCCUCCUUUCGAGAACAUUGAAGUCUACAAUCUCUUAUGUGAUUUGCUGGGGAUUUCUCCUGCUGCCAAUAAUGGCACCCAUGGCAGUUUGAACCACAUACUGAAAAAGCCGCGAUAUCAGCCGGUGUUUCCAGCAGAGCGUUCGGCUCCAUCUACAUGCAGUGCUGUCAGCAGCAGCUUGAGAGACCCUCGUGGGUGCACCUGUGACUCCCUCACCGAGGCCGAGGUGAACCGUCUGAACCAGCGUCUCAUCAACUCAAAUUCAGACUCUAAUGUGAAGCCUGUUCAUCUGCCGUUUGGGAUCCCGCGGGUUCUCCAGGAUCAGUCUGAUUACUGUAUUCUCCACCACAGCUCCUACAUCAGCGGAUACAGCCGAGACAUCCUGAUGCCCCUGUGGGUUUCUUACUCACUGAACACAACGGUUGUGCUGCAUCCUUCUGCAGAAUGGUGUGUGCGUGCAGAUGUGCGAGUUCAAGCCAGUGACAGACAGUCUUGCUCCAUCUAUAAGAACAAUUCCUCUAUGAGCUUCGGCCUCCUGCAUCCGCCCAACUUCAGCCCUGCAGGAACUGAGCCAGACUCUUUAAUUACAAGCAACAUGGUGCCCAUGUAUCCUGGUUUCAAAGAUAUUUGGACUCACUUUCACAAUUUUCUGCUGAUAAAGUUUUCUGAGGAAAUGAAUGGCAUCAAUGUUGUGAGCGGACCGAUAUUUGAUAAUGAUUUCGAUGGAAACUACGACUUCAUGAACAAGGGAGUCCUGAAUGGAGCACCGAUUCCUACACAUUUCUUUAUUAUUCUUACAAGCUGUAAGAACUCAUCUCUAUCAGUGCGCCAGUGUGAAGGUCCUUUAGACGCCGUGAGCUUCAUUCUGCCUCAUCGUCCUGAUCAUCUGGAAACAUGUCAUAAUGGCACCGACUACUCAUGGUUUCAGGACUGGGUUCAGCUUCACGUGGCGCGAAUCAGAGACAUUGAACUUUUGACAGGCUUGAGUUUUUACCAUGACCGGAUAUCUGUAGCAGAAACGCUACAACUCAAGACCAGACUCAAAACCUUCUAGAAAGAUUAGUGAACUCAGACCUCAUUUCACUGCAGACCCAUUCAGAAAAGCAUCUUUCAACAUCAGAAAGAAGCGGCACUUUUAGCAUACUCUAAAACAAAGACACAAGUUCAUUCAGAGACUCUUUGAUCUGGGAGUAUAAAAAAUGGGAGUAUAAAACUUCUCUUUAAUAAAAUCUUUAUUCUCAGAGUGAAUUUAUUUAUUACUUGGGAAGUACCGACUGGCACUGUGAGUCCCUAAAAUUCUGUUUUUCAAAGAAAACUGUUUUCCAGCACACAUAUGUUAGCGAUUUAACUGUGGUUGCAUGUAAUCCUUCAUUGAGCAUGUUCAAAAAAGAAAGUUUUAAGAGUUUUGUGCCACUUUUGCCACAGGAAUCACUCUACAUUUCAACAUUUAGUGUGUGUCUGUGUGUUCUGUUCUAUUUAAAAUUAAAUUUAUUCCCUUCCUAGUAGUUUUAAUGACGUAUGUACAGCAGUGUUAUCAUGAAGUUUUUCUGCCCCUUCUGGUCAGAUUGCAGAAUUACAUCAGAUGAGAAAAAGCUACAUUUAUAUAUUUGUUUCAUAUUUUUUUUUUUACUCUCUCAGGUCAGUUUUGAUAGACAUUUGCAUCCCCAUUGUUUAUUUCAUUUGUAUGUUACAGUUGUUAUUCAAAAUUUUUAGAGAUAAAAUAGGACAUAUAAUGAUUAAAUGUUUCAUAUUUGUGAUAUGUA